GCUGGCUAAACCUCCACACAGAAGCAAAAUGGCCGAUAGUAAACUAACCGAUCACACAGCGUCUGACAGUCAUCAAGGGGUUAUGCAUGGUUUGUUUACAGCUUGAGAACUACAGUCGCGCAUAAAAAAGGAUACUCGCCUUUUCUUCGUUUUUUUUUUUCUACGACUAACAUUUCGCCUUUCGGUGAUGUCAUUUCUUAUUCAAUUUAGCCUUGAAAGCCUCGAAGAACUAGCUCGCUAGGCUAGCUACCCUGCUAGCCUGCUAGCGGUAGGUCUGCAAGAAUUUUUUGCACAGAAGCACUUUAUGUCCUGUGUGAUUCCCGAGACAGGAGAAUCAAGAAGGGGAACAGUGGUUCAUGGAAGACAAGAAAAAGAAGAAAGAAGAUAAAAAGAAAAGGGAAACCUCUCAGAAGGUGCCAGAACAGAAAAUCAAAGUGCCAGAAUCAGCCAAGCCCUCCUCUUCCCAGCCGCUCACCACCCCAGGCUCAGUGUCCCCCAGUCCUGGCCCGGUCGCCCCCUCGUCCCCCAGUCCUGGUGCAGGCGGGGUUUCUGCCCAAGUUCCUCCUGGUGGCGGGAACAAUGCAAAGCAGCGGACCGCUGUGGCCAACGGACAGCCCUCCUCCUCCCCCUCUGGUCAGGCCUCCCAGCAGCAGCGGUACAUGUCUAGAGAGGUUCCACCCAGAUUUCGCUGCCAGCAGGACCACAAAGUGCUACUGAAGAGGGGCCAGCCGCCACUGUCCUCCAUGCUGCUGGGGGGUGGAGGUGGGGAAGGGGAUGCAGGGGUCGGGGGAGGCAGUGCCUGGGCAGCCACCCCACCUCUUCCCUCACCGGGAGGAGAUAACCCCAAUGCAAACACAGCUGGAGGCACAGAUUCCAACCUGGGUUCAUCUUCCCCUUCUCCCCCAAACUCCUCUUCAUCCUCAUUAUGUGUCGCUGCUUUGUCUUCUUCAACUACUACUACUACUACUUCAACUUAUGCAAAUUCCACAUGGGGGGCCGGCUCUGGCAGCCAGUCCUCUUCUCAGGGCUGCGGAAAGGUGACUGUGGAUGGGACUGACCUGGAGGACUGGCCCAGCAUCAUAGGCGGGGCCAAAUUGAUUUCUGCUGGGGCCGGAGGGGGAGGCGUGCAGGAGCCAGACUGCCCCAGCAGCAGCAGCAACAACAGCAGUGCCUCAUGGAGUGAGAGAAACAUCCAGCAGAAAGGAGAAGCAGCAGCAGGAGCAGCAGGAGGAGGAGGAGGAGGAGGAGGAGGAGCAGGGAACACGGACAAUCCUUCCCCCCAACGUUCUUCUCCUCUGUCCUCCUCUUUCUCGCUUAAUGAAUGUGUCCAGUCAAGUGGUAGUGUGUGGGCCUCGUCCACCUCGUCUCAGGUGGAGGCAGGGCUAGCAACAGAAGCAUUUUUCAAUUCCAAAGUCUCCCAUCUUCUUCCUGGGCCUCAGGAGAGCCCUGUGGGUGGCAGCAGCGGUGUCACUGGUGCCAAUUUCAACCCCAACGCGAACCCCUCCGCUUGGCCCCUCCUGGUGCAAAGUGGGACACAGAGUUCAGCGAGCGACAGCCUUCCACUACACUCAUCCAUUACUUCAGCUUCCUCAUUCUCUGCCAGCACCACCCCCGUCACCACUCACACUAUUUCAUCUGUGAAUCAAACUGGUCUCUAUCAGCAGCACACUGAAACAGCUGUAGGCGCCAGGAGCGGAGAACAGCAGCAGCAGCAGCACUUAGAAAGCCCAGCGUCGGAGCCGAGUUCAGAAGGGGGAGCACGGGAAGCAGGACCAAAUCAAGAAGGCGGCAGUGAGCGAGACUAUGAGGUCGCCAGCGAAGGAGAAGGGAGUGGUAACCUUUCGGGCUCUUCGUCUUCCUCCUCUGCUGCCUCCUCUUCUUGGAGAUCCAUGCCUCCAGUGUCCUCCGACCUCAGUGCAGGUGCCCCACAGGCAGAUGGGUGGGGAGGAGGAGAACCUGGUGCUCAAGCGAAGGGGGGCAGUGUUUGGGGCUUUGGUAGUCAAGGGGACAAGGCUGGGUGGGGCAGGGGAAACGGCGGUGGUUCAACUACCCCAGUGGUAUCUCAGGGAGCGUGGGAGGGAAGCAGUUCAGAUGCAGAGUGGGGUAGCGGUGCAGGAGGUGCGAGUUCGAGUAAUUUAGCAAUAGGAAGUGGCAGAGGGGUGGAUAGCAGCAGCAGUGCAGGCAGUGUAGGUCUGGGUGGCAGCAGUCUAGAGGACUCUGCCUCUCCGAAGUUUGCAACUAUGACAAAAGCUUGGGACAAUCAGAAAGGGACUGAAAGUGGAGAUGGCGCAGUUGGGGAGUGGGGUGGCGGAGGACAGGGUGGAGGCACUGGAGGACCCUCAUCCUCAAGUGGAAGUGGUGGAGGGGGGAGCGGUAGCGGGCAUAAACAAGGCCGAACCCCGUCUGCGCGUGACCACUCCAACCAGACCUCCAAUGCUGAAGUGGCCUUACUCGGCAUGCUCAGUCGAUCUGACCUGGACCCCAGGGUGCUGUCCAACACAGGCUGGGGGCAGACCCAGGUUCGACAGAACGUGGCCUGGGACCUGGACACGACGACAAGCGUGGGGAACAGAAAUGAAAGAAACAGUUCAUCAUCUUCAUUCUCAUCAGCAUCCAUGAACACUACCACCAGUCGCAAUCCUGGGUACCCGUCCAGCACUGGUUCAGUGACUGAGGAUCCGUCAGCUGGGAGCCACGCGCCCGGCCCGAACUCUGGCCCUGCUGCAGUGAGGGACGGUUGGGACAGUGGUGCUAUACAGUCCACCGGAGGUCCUCACGUACCCAGUGGAACUCUAAGGAAACCGGAAUCGCCAGAGGAAGAUACUGAUGGCAACCAGGGGAAGGCAGCUGGAGGUUGGGGCGACCUCCCACCUGAAAACCAGGGUAAAGGAUGGGGUACUGAAGAGAAACAGUGGGGCGAACAAAGAGGGAGAGGUAACUGGAGGGACUUUGGAGAACAGGGUAGUGGUUGGACAGAUGGCCAAGAAGACAAGGGAACCGGAGGGUGGAAGGGUUCUGGAAGAGGCGAGCCGGGCGGCUGGGGGGGGCAGCGUGGAGCAGGAGGAGACUGGGGACAACGAGACUCUACGCAUGGAGGCGGGUGGGGGGAGGGGCGAACCAGAGGUGGGAGCAACUCCGAUGAGGGCUCUUCCUGGGCUAAUUUAGAUGAAGGGGGAUCUCAAAGAGGGGGUUGGGGAGGGGGAGACGUGGGUGGAGGCAAACCCCACCUGGAGUGGGGGAGUGCCAAGCCUCACACAGCAGCAGCACAGAUACCAAACAGCCAAGUGGCACCAAUGAAAGCCCCAAAUCAACAGCAGCACCAAUCACAGGGCCAGCAACCACCUGGAGGGCCGUUGCAAGGCGGGUGGAACAGCCGGUCAAAUGUUGGAGGCGGAGGUCCGCCUUCCAAGAAUCACAACCAAAGUUCGGGCUGGACCUCCGGCCCGAUUCCCCAAAUCUCUGGAGGCGGAGGCGACUCCCUGGAGCCCAGCGGCUGGGAAGAGCCUUCCCCCCAGUCCAUCAGCCGCAAAAUGGAAAUAGAUGAUGGCACUUCGGCGUGGGGAGACCCGACCCGCUACAACAGCAAGAAUGUGAACUUGUGGGACAAAAACAGUGCUACACCAGGCCAAAGCCACGGCCAGCAGGCCCCACCACCAUCCAUGCAGCAGCAACCACCAAGACGACAGCAGGGGAUGCAGCACGGCAGCAACACAAAUCCUGGCAAUGGUGCAGUGGGUUUGUGGGGAGGAGGUGCCCAAACUGUGGAUAAUGGUACAGCUGCUUGGGGUCAGGCAUCUGAUACAACAGGCUGGGGUGAUCCAGAUGAGUCCAGCAAAGCUUCGGGCUGGGGGAACCCGUCACCCAAUCCUGGGAAACCCGGCACUAAGCCCAUUGAAAGCUGGGGUGGGAAAGGAGACAGCUCCAUCGCAGCUUCCCGUCACCCCAGCUGGGACGAGGAGGAUGACGGUGGGGGUGGAGUGUGGAACAGCGCUGGCUCCCAGGGAAGCAGCUCCUCCUUCAACUCUGGAGGCUGGGGUCAGACUCAUGGAGGAAAGAGAGGCAACAUCAAGGGUGGAGGGGACAGCUGGAUGAACCCAGUAUCACGCCAGUUUUCAAACAUGGGCCUUCUGGGUGAUGAUCCAAGUGUUGACAAAAAGAUGGAAGUAGACAAGCGAGGAAUAUCUGACUAUAACGGCGAUAUGCGGAGAGGAGGUCGAGGUGGCGGUUACCGCAUGCCUGGCUCCAAAGACAUGGGUCCUGUUGACAUAGGGCCCUAUGGUGAAAAGAUGGGUGGCCAUGGAGUGUUUGUUGGCAGUGGCGGAGGAAUGCCUCAGCCUCGAGGGAUGCACCAGCCUGGCAUGCAUCCGAUGAACCCCUCCCAAGGGUUACGUGCUCAAGUGCCUCAUCAGUUCCUGUCUGCUCAGGUGCCGGGUCCCAUGCUGAAGCAGAUGCCCUCUCCUGGUGGCAGUGUAGGAGGAGUGGUUGGAGGAGUGGGAGGUGUUGGAAGCGUUGGAGGGGUUGGCGGUGUUGGUGGAGGAGUGUUUCCUCCUCAAAUUUCCCCACAGCAGCUAGCAAUGCUCAGCAACAUUUCCCCCCACGUGCAGCAGUUCCAUUUGGCUUGUCAGCUCCUGCUCCAACAGCAGCAACAGCAACAGCAGCAGCUCCUGCAGAACCAGAGGAAGUUCCCUCAGCCGCAGCCUCUCAGGCAGCAGGCGGACCCCCAACAGCUGGCGAGGAUUAUGGCGAUUCUCCAGCAGCAGAGGCAGCAUCAGCAGGGUGGAGUCGGAGGAGCAGCGCCAGGCAGCGGGACCUCCAAACUGUCUCCCUCUCACCUGGGAGGAAGCCUUUCCAAACAGGCCAUGGUAGACCCCCUCCCACAUCCUGGUGUAGGCGGGCCUUUAUCAGACCUUCAUGCCAAAACGCAAGGGAUCUACUCCGGGCUUACUCCUGGUGGUAACCUGUCAGGACUGGAGCUCAAUCCCAUGAUGGGAGGGAUGAAGGACAUAGGAGGACAACAAUCCCGCUUCAAAUGGAUGAUGGAGGGACAUUCCCCUGCGCCCUCUCCCCCUGAUUCAACCCUUCACAAGAACGGCCCUUUACCCAGUGCUAUAAAGGUGAGAGGAGGGUCUCCUUACUCCCAGUAUGAAAUUCUGGGCGGUGAUGGUUUAGGGAUCCCCUCCCAAGGUUCUGUCGAUAGCUGGCACCGAACCCCUGGGAGCAAACUGGGGAACAAACCUGCCACAUCGAGCUGGCCUCCAGAGUUCCAGCCCGGUGUGCCCUGGAAGGGAAUACAAAGUGGUGGAGAUCCUGAAAGUGAUCCCUAUAUGACCCCUGGUAGUGUUCUCGGCUCCCCAGGAUCCCCAAGCCUCAACGACUCUGACCACCAAUUACUACGAGACAACAUAGGGCCAAACCCCUCCCUCAACACCUCGCUGCCUUCACCUGGUGCCUGGCCCUACAGUGCCUCAGACAGCCCCCUCAGCAAUGCACACAGCACAGGAAAGUACUCCGAGUACAAGCCCAGCUGGCCUCCAGAGCCCAUCGGACAAAACAAGUUGUGGAAGACCAAUCGCAACAGCUCGCAGCUGCCACGCCCCCCUCCCGGUCUCACUAAUCAGAAGCAGGCCUCGCCCUCCCCGUGGGGCACCGGAGGUCCACGAUUGGCCCGAAGCUGGGGAGGAGGCGGGAUUCAUCAAGAGUCAAGAUUUGGGCCAGGCUCAGCUUGGAGCGACGGCGUCGCCUCCAGAGGCAGCUGCUGGUUGCUGCUCAGCAACCUGACCCCUCAGAUCGAUGGCUCCACACUGAGGACUAUCUGUAUGCAGCACGGCCCCCUGCUGACCUUCCACCUCGGCCUGACCCAAGGCAGUGCUCUGAUUCGUUACAGCAGCCGGCAGGAAGCAGCCAAGGCCCAAGGUGCACUGCACAUGUGCGUUCUGGGCAACACCACCAUCCUGGCGGAGUUUGUGAGUGAGGAAGAAGUUGCUCGCUAUUUUGCACAUUCCCAGGCCGGAGGGGCAGAAGGGGCCAGCACAGGAGGUGCGGCGGGCAGCGCGGCGCCGGGUGCGUCCGGAACGAGCACAUCUGUGGCCAGCAGCGGGGGAAGCUCCCCGGGCAGCGAGCGGGCAGCCAUCGGUGCGACUUCAGGAGGAAAUGGAAGCGGCGGCGGGGGCGGAGCAGGAGGGGAAAGCGGCGCGGCAGUCCUAGCAAGCGUGAGGUCCUCUGGCUCCGGCUGGCAGAGUCUCGACGGUACGGGCAGUUCUUCAGAAACGUCUUCAGCCCAAGGACCCGGGCUGGGGAUCUUUUCCCAGUGGAGCACCAACGGUGCAGGAGAGGGAGGAGGCGUCGGGGGCGUAGACGCCGGGAGGUCUGGGCUGUGGGGAGGCAUGACUGCAGGAUACCCCAGCAGCAGCCUGUGGGGGGCACCGCAAAUGGAGGAAAGGCACCAAAUGGACAGUCCUGCUGGAUUGUUGCCCGGUGACCUGCUGGGAGGCGGAGCCGACUCUAUCUGACGCCCCCUCCCCUUCUGUUUGUAUGUGUAGGUUUGGACACACUGAUACAGCAUACACUGGGAUACAUAUGUACUUAAUAUGGCACACACACACACACAUAAACAAAGACAUUUACAUUGUAUGCAUAUUAUUGUACCACACAUACAUGCAUACACACACACAUACACAUACACACAUUGUAUGCAUUUAAAUGUACUAAACAUGCAUACAUAUACACGGUAUGCAUCGUAAUGUGCACACACAAAGCGGAAAUGUGAGACAUGCUUACACACAUUCUCGUGGCCAGACUUAAGCUAUUAUAUAAACAAAUGCAGGGACUGUUAGAUGUGUAUACAGCCUUUUUCCACAGAUGAAGAUUUCAACUGCUUAGACUUGAAACCCGAAAAAAAAAAAUGAGACAAAAAAAAAAAAAGAAUGAAAAGUCAGUUGGUCUGAAAGACUUGACUGGAUUGCAAUGUGCUUAGUAAGUAGGGGACUUUUCAACAGAUUUACAUACACAUGCACACACCAAAUGAGAAGCCUUCAGACAGAUAGGCACUGUUAACAGCAUUACCUUCAUCGGAUAAGAGAACUUAAAAACUACUACAUGAUGUGAGGUGAAAAGUGCAGUUUGUAUUCACAUCUCCUGAAAACGGAGGUCGAAUCCAAACACAUGCAAAACAGCUCUGAUUGACAGCAGAACUGUAUCUUACUGUGUAUGUUAGGUUUGUUUUUUUUUUUCCUUGUUUGUUUGUAUGUAUGGUUUUGAUUUUUUGAACAGUGAAAAUAUUGAAAAAUGUCAUUGUUCCGUUUUCAAAAUGCUGACCUCCUACUGUUGUAUCUCACGCACUCUUUCUCUGUUAUUCUCUCUUGAACAUGUUUGUUACUGUUGCAGUGAUAAAUGUUUAAAAUUGCUGGCAGUUUGACGCUAUGAUGCAUUUCUCCACGUGUCGGUACCACACGCAGUAUCGGACACGUUAUAUGAGUAUGAGUGAGACUGAGACCAAGUAAGUGGAUUAAACCACCGCAGUUGUUGUGCGUGAGUGUGAGGAUAAUGUGUGUGUGUGUGUGCAUGUUAAUGCCUGUCAUAAUGUGGGCAAGGCUGCUUACUAUACAGAAGGUCUAUACAAAAUUGUUUUGAGUGCAUUCGGUAUACUGCUGACUGUGUGUUAAGAAAUAUUGGCACUAAUGCUUUUUUCUCUCUCUCUCUCAUUUGAAGUUGUUUUUUUUUUUAAAGCAGACUUGUCUUUUUUAUUGUCCGACCUGCAAUAAUAAAAAAAAAAAAACAUUUUAAUGACACAAAGAGCUGAAGGCAUACGCGUUGAGAAAAAUGGAAAUGCCAAAUCUUAUCAAACUGUGUGGAGUGGGAGGGAGGGGUGGGACGGGUUGUUUACAGAUGCAGAGUAAGCGUUACCGUACGUUUUUAAAUGUUCUGUUGUUGUGUAUUCGUUUUAAAUUAAGACAGGCUUUAACACUCCUGUUCAGUGUUUUCGUUUUGAGAUUUUACAAAGGAAAAAUUUAUUUAAACAAAUGAGAACAAGAUUAAUAAAGAUGAAAGUAUUGGCUUCUA